AUGGCUCCUGACUUUGAACAUACUUUACACGAAGUGGCCCGCGAUCUCCUCUUUGUUGCUACACCGCUCCAGGAAGGCAUGCUUAGCGCGUCACUCGCUCUUGCCGAUCAAGCUUACACAUACACGCACAGCAAGCAAAUAUCGGCGUCUGCGUGUCAACUGGACGCGCCGGCGUUUUCACGAUUUUUCGAUGCUGUGCGAGACACGGUGCUCUCUUGUGAGAUUCUCCGUACCCGUUUCAUAUUGACAGACAACCAAAAUGCGCCUUGGGUCGGCAUCGUCUCACCGACGCAAGUGAGUGAUCUUGUGGACUGGCAAGUCUCAGCUUCCGGUAUCAUCCGACUGCGCAUCCAUCACGCACUCUACGAUGCCAACUCCAUCCGCGCUCUAUGGCAUCUCCUUGAUGAGAAUUAUGCACGCCACCUAUCGGACACCAUCGCAAAGGUAGAGAAACAGCGGCUGUUCCUCUACCGCCCCUUUGCAAAGCAAGUCUACGUGGCCCAACGGACCGCAGUUGCAUUUUGGGUAAACACUAUUCAGGAUUACGACUAUGUUCCGGUGGUUGUGUCCAGUGAUGGCGUGACUUUUACACAACAGCAGCAUGCAUCGUCGUCCUUUCAUUUUACUGUGGGCACUGACAUUCUAUCUGCCCUCCAAACGACCUGCCGCAAAGCCAACGUAGCUCUCAAGACAGCACUACAGCUUUCAUGGGCCAAGGUUCUCUGUGAGCGACUCUACAGCCAAGUCGAUAUGGUCUUUGGGGAGGUGAUCACGACAACCAGCGACAAUGCAACCAUCACCGGAGAUGAGGCUGCAGUCAUGGGUCCAACUAUCAACACUAUUCCCAUGCGUCUUCGGCUUGGCCCCAACGUGAAUAUCGCAGACGCGCUAUCACAGUUGCAACACCUUGGCGACCAGGCUCGUGGACCGAAUGGCAUGGCGUCUCUACGUGAAGUGCAGACAGCUUGGCGAUCGUCGAGAUCUGAUGGGAUCAAUACGUCUGCCGGUCUGUUCCAGAGUUUAUUUGUGUUUGAUGGCGAUGUCUCCGUGGACACAUCAUCCGACGAACAACAUAUUCUACCUGUUGCCACCGAUGCGCAGACUGUCCCUAGUAAUACUGAGAAGGAGCCAAUGUACGACGACUAUCCCUUCAUUUCUAGCUUCCGAAUUCAUGACGGCGUUCUCCAUGGUGCGUUGCGUACUAAGGAUGGCGAAGAUGCCACGCACUGCCUUGGCAGCCAGUUAGCAGCAGCACUUCACUACUUAGCAUCAGCCAGCAUACAUUCCGUGGCCCUGGAUCCUGCUGUCUCUGCGAGCUUCCCGACCAUGGUGAAUGGACAUGGAUGCAGUGGGAGCCAUAGACUUGGUUCGGACGUGAACGUGGACAUGACAGGGUCAACUGAUCUUGCAGAGUCGAUUUUGCAGCUAGCAAUAAAGGUUGUCGGCUCACGCAUCCGCGGCAAGGUUGGAUAUGCCACCAAGCUCAUCAAUGUCGGACUGGAUUCGAUCUCGGCCAUCCGCUUCUCAAAUUUGCUCAAGAAAAACUUUGGCGUUCACGUCAGCGUAUUUGAUAUCAUGAAAGGCUCCAGUAUCGAGAGUAUCGUCCGAAAGCACUCGGCUAUCGAAAAUCACACCGACGAUGAAGGCCAGCAGCUUCCGUCACCACUGCCAGAGAAACAAGUAAUCAAAGACGAGGCGCUCGCAAAGUCAUUGGCUGCGGAAAUCCUUGGCCUUCAGUCUGUCGAUCAAAUCCAGUCUGUGCUUCCUGUUCUUGCCGGCCAAAAGCACACACUCCAGCACUGGUUGCACAGUGGCAAGCGGUUUUUCGAGGCGCCUUGGGUGUACCGCGUCUCUGAUGGCACAUCCAUCAGCGUGGAAAAAGCUGCGAAUGCUUGGACGUCACUUUGCUGCGCGCAUGAUAUUUUGCGAACCACUAUUGUUGCCCCUCAGAACAACAUUGUCCCUGGUCUGGUCCAGGUGACGUUCAACACAGCCAUGUCUCCAGCAGCUCGCUUCACCACUCUGCGCGACGACAAGGCCACAAUUAAGAGUCUAGUUGACACGCCAUAG